AUGGUGGUGGUGGUCUUGCUGGGGCUCGGCUGGCUCUGCGCUCCCCUGGCUGCUCUGGUUUUGGACUUCAACAACAUCAAGAGCUCCACCGAUGUGCACGGGGCUCGGAAGGGUUCACAGUGCUUGUCUGACAAGGACUGCAGUUCCAGAAAGUUCUGCCUCAAGCCGCAAGAUGAGAAGCCAUUCUGUGCUACGUGUCGCGGGUUACGAAGGAGGUGCCAGCGUAAUGCCAUGUGCUGCCCUGGAGCACUCUGCGUGAACGAUGUUUGUACUGCCGUGGAAGAUGCAACCCCAAUAUUGGAAAGGCAGAUCGAUGACCAAGAUGACAUAGACACAAAAGGAACAAAUGAGCAUCCAAUUCAGGAAAACAAACCCAAAAGAAAGCCAAAAAUUAAGAAACAACAAGGCGGUAAGGGACAAGAGGGAGAAAGAUGCCUUAGGACUCUGGACUGCGGAGCUGGACUCUGCUGUGCUCGUCAUUUCUGGACUAAAGUCUGCAAGCCAGUCCUGCUGGGGGGGCAGGUCUGCUCUAGGAGAGGACACAAAGAUACUGCUCAGGCUCCAGAAAUCUUCCAGCGCUGUGACUGUGGUCCUGGACUAGUGUGUCGAAAUCAGAUGACCGGCAACGGACAACACGCACGGUUAAGAGUAUGCCAAAAGAUCUAAAAAGCUGUAAACAUUUCAAAAUAAAGACAACUCCUUAUUGUA